AUGUUGCUCGACGAGGACCCUGGAACUCUCAUCCACCAUACGAUCGGCAACUUCAAUAUCCAUCCAGAUAAACAAGCCGUCACCCGCAUCAAUGACUCCCUUUCCACCCUGCAGCAAUCGCGCGACCUGCGCAUUCGCGAGGCCGAAUCAGCAAUGCGCAAACUAUCCCGCAACCUAAACUCCCUAACCACCCAACACGAAGAGGCCGUCGCGGUUCACGACUCCGGUAAACACGCCGCGGAGAUUGUCGAGCUAGACACGAAGAAAUUCCGCAUUGCCAAAGCUGCAUCGGAACUGGAGAUUGAAAGCGAGCGGCUCGAGAGCGAGCUGGAAAUGCUCAAGGAGAGACUGGCCGAUCUGGAAUCACAAGGUCUGGAGGGUGACGAGACGACUCGCCGCGAACGAGAAGCCGAUGACGCCACAAUUUUGCGUCUGAAGAUCUUUCGCUCCCUGGGUAUCGAUAUUGAACCCGAUGAGGCGGGGAAUUUCAAUCGCGCAGUCAUUCGCAAUAGUCGGAAAGGCGAUGUUCAUGUUGUCAAUAUUGAUCCCAAGUUCUCGCGUUUCUUCUAUUCGAACUAUUUCUGGUCGACCAUGCAGGGAUAA